GGAGGCGGCGAGGAGGAGGGGCCGCGCACGGCGGCCCGAGGCGGCGGCGGGGACGCGGGGACGCGGCUUUGUGCUGGCGGGUCGCGGGGCGCCCAUGGCGGAGUGCGGCCGGGGGGGCGCCGCCGGCGGGGCCCUGCCCACCUCCCCGGGUCCGGCCCUCGGCACCAAGGGCGCCCUGAAAGCCGGAGCCGGGGAAGGCGGCGGCGGGGGAGGUCGCCUCGGCCAUGGACUGGCGCGCUGUGACAGCGGCGGGGUUUCCAACGGAGACUGCAGCCUCGGCGUGUCCGGGGAUGAAGCUCGGGCCAGCCCCGCCAGGGGACCGCACGGCGGGGCGCUCGCCCCGACCCCCGCCGCCUGCCCCCUUCCCCGGGAAAACAAACCGGGCGGCCUGCCCCGCCGGAGCAGCAUCAUCAAGGAUGGCACAAAACAGAAAAGAGAACGGAAAAAGACCGUCUCAUUCAGCAGCAUGCCAACAGAGAAGAAGAUCAGCAGUGCGAGUGAUUGUAUCAACUCAAUGGUUGAGGGUUCGGAGCUCAAAAAGGUUCGCUCCAACUCUAGAAUUUACCAUAGGUAUUUUUUAUUGGAUGCCGACAUGCAGAGCCUGAGGUGGGAACCAUCAAAGAAGGAUUCUGAGAAAGCCAAGAUUGAUAUUAAAUCCAUCAAGGAAGUGAGAACAGGAAAGAACACAGACAUAUUCCGCAGCAAUGGCAUUUCUGACCAGAUAUCUGAAGAUUGUGCGUUUUCUGUCAUAUAUGGCGAGAAUUACGAGUCACUUGAUUUGGUUGCCAACUCUGCAGAUGUUGCGAACAUCUGGGUUACGGGACUGCGGUACCUAAUUUCUUAUGGAAAACAUACACUUGAUAUGUUAGAAAGUAGCCAAGACAACAUGAGGACUUCCUGGGUUUCACAAAUGUUUAGUGAAAUUGAUGUAGAUAACCUUGGACACAUAACUCUGUGUAAUGCGGUGCAGUGUAUCAGAAACCUCAAUCCUGGCUUAAAAACCAGCAAAAUUGAGCUUAAGUUCAAAGAAUUGCACAAAUCCAAGGACACAGCUGGUACUGAAGUUACAAGGGAAGAAUUUGUUGAGGUUUUCCAUGAGCUUUGUACUAGACCCGAAAUCUAUUUCCUUUUAGUUCAGUUUUCAAGCAAUAAAGAAUUCCUUGAUACCAAGGACCUUAUGAUGUUUCUUGAGGCAGAGCAGGGUGUGGCACACAUAAAUGAGGAAAUAAGCCUUGAAAUUAUUCACAAAUAUGAGCCAUCCAAAGAGGGCCAGGAAAAGGGCUGGCUCUCCAUAGACGGGUUCACUAACUACCUUAUGUCACCCGACUGUUAUAUAUUUGACCCGGAACAUAAGAAGGUCUGCCAGGAUAUGAAGCAACCUUUGUCUCAUUAUUUUAUAAACUCAUCUCAUAAUACAUACCUAAUAGAGGAUCAGUUCCGAGGCCCCUCUGAUAUCACAGGGUACAUUCGAGCUCUUAAAAUGGGUUGCCGGAGUGUUGAAUUAGAUGUAUGGGAUGGGCCAGACAACGAGCCUGUCAUCUACACGGGCCACACCAUGACCUCUCAGAUAGUCUUCCGCAGUGUCAUUGACAUUAUUAACAAGUAUGCAUUCUUCGCUUCAGAGUACCCGCUCAUCUUGUGUUUAGAAAACCACUGUUCCAUUAAGCAGCAGAAGGUGAUGGUCCAGCACAUGAAGAAAAUUUUAGGAGACAAGCUCUAUACAACAUCCCCCAAUGUGGAGGAAACAUACCUACCAUCCCCAGAUGUCCUGAAAGGGAAGAUAUUAAUAAAAGCAAAGAAGCUGUCCUCAAGCUGCUCUGGAAUGGAAGGAGACGUGACUGAUGAAGACGAAGGAGCAGAAAUGUCUCAGAGGAUGGGAAAAGAGAACGCAGAGCAACCCAACAGUGUGCCUGCAAAGCGGUUUCAGCUCUGCAAAGAACUGUCCGAGCUGGUGAGCAUCUGUAAGUCAGUCCAGUUCAAAGAAUUCCAGGUGUCCUUUCAGGUUCAGAAGUACUGGGAGGUCUGUUCCUUUAACGAAGUGCUCGCCAGCAAGUACGCCAACGAGAAUCCAGGGGACUUUGUGAACUACAACAAGCGUUUUCUCGCGCGGGUUUUUCCCAGCCCCAUGAGGAUUGACUCUAGCAACAUGAACCCUCAAGAUUUUUGGAAAUGUGGCUGUCAAAUCGUAGCCAUGAACUUUCAGACCCCGGGACUGAUGAUGGAUCUGAACAUCGGCUGGUUUAGUCAGAAUGGGAACUGUGGCUAUGUCCUUCGGCCAGCCAUCAUGAGGGAGGAAGUCUCCUUCUUCAGCGCCAACACAAAAGACUCUGUCCCAGGAGUCUCACCUCAGCUUCUUCACAUCAAAAUCAUCAGCGGGCAGAACUUUCCCAAACCCAAGGGGUCAGGUGCCAAAGGUGAUGUGGUGGAUCCUUAUGUCUAUGUGGAAAUUCAUGGAAUCCCUGCCGACUGUGCAGAACAAAGGACAAAAACAGUGCACCAGAAUGGAGACACUCCCAUUUUCGAUGAAAGCUUUGAAUUUCAAAUCAACCUCCCGGAACUGGCCAUGGUGCGCUUUGUGGUACUAGAUGAUGACUACAUCGGGGAUGAGUUUAUUGGCCAGUACACGAUUCCCUUUGAAUGUUUACAGACGGGCUACCGCCACGUCCCCCUGCAGUCACUGACUGGAGAGGUCCUAGCACACGCCUCUUUGUUUGUCCACGUGGCCAUUACUAACCGAAGAGGAGGAGGGAAACCUCAUAAAAGGGGCCUUUCUGUGAGGAAAGGGAAGAAAUCCAGGGAAUAUGCAUCUUUGAGAACACUGUGGAUUAAAACUGUAGACGAGGUAUUCAAGAAUGCCCAGCCCCCUAUACGGGAUGCCACAGAUCUGAGAGAGAACAUGCAGAAUGCAGUGGUGUCCUUCAAGGAGCUGUGUGGCCUCUCCUCCGUGGCCAAUCUCAUGCAGUGCAUGGUGGCCGUGUCUCCCCGCUUUCUGGGGCCGGAUAACACACCCCUGGUGGUCCUGAAUCUCAACGAGCAGUACCCCACAAUGGAGUUGCAGGGGAUUGUGCCUGAGGUUCUGAAGAAGAUAGUAACAACUUAUGACACAAUGAUGCAGUCCCUCAAGGCAUUGCUUGAAAAUGCAGAUGCUGUGUAUGAAAAGAUUGUGCACUGUCAGAAGGCAGCCAUGGAAUUCCAUGAACACCUGCACAGCAUAGGCACCAGGGAAGGUCUGAAGGAGCGAAAACUCCAAAAAGCUGUGGAGAGCUUCACCUGGAAUAUCACCAUCUUAAAGGGACAAGCGGAUCUUUUAAAAUACGCUAAGAACGAGACUUUGGAGAACUUGAAACAAAUCCAUUUUGCUGCUGUUUCAUGUGGACUGAAUAAACCAGGGACAGAAAAUGCCGACGUGCAGAAGCCACGACGGAGUCUGGAAGUCAUACCUGAAAAAGCCAGCGAUGAGCCUGGAGAGUGAGGGCACUUCCUCGUCGUCAUCUUGGAGGUUAUAGCUCUGGACCAACCACUGUCAGGUGGAGCAGUCGCUUUGCACUCACUGAUGAAAAUAAUAUUUGGGAUUUUAAAGCACAACUGGAAUAGCUAAUUGCAGUCUCUUAAAACUGUGAAUGUAUGUAGCAAUCCGGCGUGUGAAGGCAAAUAAACUCUUUAAUAAGAAAUGAUAUUCCUGGCCAAAGUAUGCUAUAUUUGUAUACAAAGACCAUCACUCCGUUCCAGUGUGAACCACCGACUAUUCACUCUAGUUCCAUUGAGAAAGAGAACACUUUCUUAAGAUGGAAAUGGAUUGUAUUGUCAAAUUAGUAUUUAUUGGAGAAAAAUGUAAUCUACGCAUUUUACAUGUGUGAUUACCAGAGUCUCUGGGUUAUAGAUGAUUUUGGUGGAAUGCCUGCUGAGCCAUAAUUACUAAGGAGAAUGUAAGUGGACAGAUCCCCUGAAUCCCCAGGGACCUUGGAGCACCAUCCAAUACAAGGAGAACGUGCAAUUGGACUGAAGCUCCCCAGCUGGAGACAUGUGCUGGGUAUAAUAUAUAUGAUGUAAAAGCAACCAAUCUUGAAGCAACACAUUGUAAAUAGUUUUUCAUUGUAUGAAGUAGUGGUCACAUUAAAAAGGAUGUUUUAUGAUAUUUCUCCAAUAGCAGUACAUGCAUUUAAUGAAAUUUUAACUUUUAAAAAUUGUAUUUCAAAUAUUCUGCUCUUAAGAGUAAGCCAUUACUUGGUAAAAAGCUUUGUCAAAAAUGGGUUGCUUGUCUGGCUUGACACUGGCUUAUAUU